CCCAAAUCCUGGCCCAAAUUACCAACCUCUGUCUUCCCAUCUUGGACCAUUUUUUCCCUUCCAAGGAGAAAUUUCACAUUCGGGAUUCUUCUUCUUGUUCUUGUUUGUCACUCGUGUGUUCUCAUUGAGCCAUUGACGACGACCACAGUUUCCUGCGCAUUGACUAUUGAUUUGCGCAGUCUGGACUUAUUCUGAUAGUUGCUCACACCACCUUUAACCUCACAAUGCAUCUGUCUUCAUGCCUGUUAUUGCCUGCCCUGGCAUCCAUGGCUGCGGCGCAAGCUCAGAUCCCAUUCAAGGACAAGGCAACAGAGUGGGUCAAUAAAGCAAAGGACCUCCUCCCUAACUCGGGGCCUAUUGAGGCCGGCUCUGCAUACAUUGCGGGAACCAUUGUCGAGCGCAUUAAUAUCCGCAACUGGGAGAGGAAGCUGUCGCCUAAACUUGAUACCGAGGAAGAAUGGAUGGUUUAUGUUACUGGUGGUAACAAAAGCUGCUUCGGUCGAUGCGGGCCCAUCGAUGCUGUGUGGAAUCAAUCUGUUCCUCUCUUGACUGCCCUUCCACAAUCCUCCACUGCACCUCUUCACCUAGGACUCGUCAAUUGUGAGAAAGACGCAGUGCUUUGCACCGCCUGGGCGACUGUCCUCCCGGCGAUCUACCACUUCAGUGUCCCCAAGAAGACGGAGCCUCAAGCACCCGUUCCCCUCCACAUCAUCACCCUCAACCUGACAUCCACUACCACCAACGACAUUGUGACGAUCCCCAGCACUACCAAGGCUCGAUACUUGGACUACCCUGAGUACAAUGGCGCAUUGCAUCCCUUUGACGGAAUGCUGGCCAAGCUUGGACUCCAUAUUCCAUUUGGCUAUCUGCUGUGGGGAUUCGGUACCAUUCCCAGCUGGGCCAUGAUGUUGGUCAUCAGCUACUUUUCAAGACGACUGAUGAACAAACGAAUCAACAAUUCGCCUGACUACGGCGCUCCUGCUGCGCAAGCUCCUGCGGCACCAGCAGCCGCUCAGGCCCCGACGCCCGCCAGACCGGCUGGGGGUGCUCCCAAGUCCGGUGGCAAGAAGAGAAAAUGAACACAGGAAUAGUUGGAUUAAGUCGUGGUGGGUCAAGAACAGGAUAUUGUGCAGUUGGAUUUGAGAAAAAGGGAUAAAUUGUAUGAUACAGGUAUUAUAGUGUUCGGCCUUUUUCAGGUCGGCCAACUUAAUCUGGUACAUGAGCAAUAACACAGUGAUGCUGGAACAAUGUGAUGAUCCGGACGUGAAUGUCCUAUGACAUUUUCCCUUUGGAAAGUCGUUCCUAUCCACCAUUCCACAAUACAACACA